UCUCACGACGCGUCGCAUCCACGCGACGACGCGCGCUGAGAGUUCGCGCUCGCGCUCACGCACACGAUCGAUUCUUUCGCACCGAUCGCGCCGCAGCACGACGAACGAACGCACCGAUCGCCGUGGGAAGACGCUUCGAAUCGCGACGCGCGCCGUUUCUCAGUCACCCUCACGCGUGCGAUGCGCGUCGAACGAUGGUGAGCCUGAACGCGCGACGGAACGAACGAUCGAGCAGCAAUAAAGCGUCAGAGAUUAUCAACGGAUUUCUCUCUUCCCCGGUGCGAGUGUUUUAUUCCAUUCUCUUCAUCUGCGCGCUCGAGGUGCGCGAUUUCGUCGACGCGAUGCGGCGCGCGCGGAAUCAUCGCGAAGGCGCGUGUCGCGGCGCGAUCGACCGGGCUCGACGCGAGACUGACGACGCGCGCGCGUGCGAUCGGUGAUUACGAAGGUUUUACUCUGGUCCGUGGUUCUCGUGCCCGGGCGAACGUCGGGGGCGUGGAACGACGCGGCGAGAGCGUACUACACGCGCGAGACGGUGCGUCAACGUUCGACGCGUUUGGCGCGCGAUUUGACUUGACUCGAUUCGACGACGCGCGGUUGACUUUGAGGCGACUUUUGAGCGUUACGAGGCGAUGGAGCGAUGGAGACGGAAGCGCGCGCGAUGGAACGCGAUGGAUCGACACUGACGGGCGCGAACGCGGGAUUUUGAACGCACAGGUGAACUUGUCGAGCGCGUACGGAGCGAGCGUGCGCGUGCCCAUUCCGGCGAUAGACUUGAGGAGUCUAGCGCUCGCGUGGAGACAAGAGAGUUCUUGGCAACAGAAAGCGUUGUCGGUUGUAUCUACUGCGCUAUUACCCAGUAAAGCGCAGCAGACGAAACAAUCGCUACAGGCACGUCUUAGACAUCUAGACGAGCAGCUUUUGAUCGGCGGAACGGCCGAGUCGGGGGCGAGCGAAGCGGCUGCCGCGAACGCAAAGGUUUUUUCUCUCUCCUUUUAGAGAGUGUAUUCUUUGUGUAUCGCUAUAUUGCUUUCGCUAGUCAUUGACUCUAGUUUCUACAAGACAAGAACUCUUUCGUUCGUUCACGCGAACGACGAGAAAUAAAACAACCAUGGGGAAGAAGGAAGUGUCCGCGACGACGCUGCUCGGUAGACGUGGACGGUUGACGAGACCUCGGCGACAUGGAGAGGAAUAUGUCGAGGUUUCUAUGGCAACCGCAGCGCAAUCAAGCGCAUUAAAGGACAUCGGACGAUUUGUCCCAGUGAAGGAUAUCAUCGCCGGUGGUUUGGCUCGAGCGGCGAGCCAAAGUACGAUUCAUCCUUUGGACACCGUCAAGGUGCGCAUGCAAGCCACGCUCAAGGGCGUCGCCGGCGCCGCGGCGCCGACGCCUCCGAGCGUUGGUAAGUACGGAGUCGGCCUGAGUGCGGUCUCCAACGGCGCGGUCAGCCUCGGGAAGAGGUCGUUGGCGUCAGCGGCCAAGGCUGGGGCUACCAAGUUUACUUCUGAAGUAGGCAUGAUGUACAAGGGAUGUUUCGGCGCCGCUACGGGUGCGGGCAUCGCCAUCGGCGCAUACUUUGCAUUUUACGGCACGGCGAAGAAGCUGCUCCAAGAGAAAUCCGACAUGCCAGUGUCGCAGAUUGCGUUUGUGGCGGGUGGUAUCGGUGCCCUUGGAUCUUCCAUCGUCAAGGUACCCGCCGCUGUGUGCAUUCGCUCGGUACAAGCCGGUGUGUACCCGAACGUCAUCGCCGCCGGCCGCAGAAUCACCGCGGCCGCCGGUCCCCGGGGUUUGUUCACCGGUUACAUUCCAACGCUCCUUGAAGACGUGCCCGACAUGGCCGUCAAGUUUGCAGCGUAUGAGACUCUUCGAACGAUGCAUCGCUCGUUCAUGAAGAAGAGCAAGGAUGAAAGUAGCACGGGUGCGGACAUCGUGAUGGGUCUCAUCGCGGGUUCCGUCGCCGCUGCCGCGACUACUCCUUUGGAUGUGGUGAAAACCCGGAUGAUGUGCAAUGCCUCAUCUCGACCCAGCUUCGGUGGCGCCAUCAUGGGCGUUUGGAAGGACUCGCCUCCGGGCGUCGGUCGCGUCCGAACGUUCUUCACCGGCGUUCGCCCGCGAGCAGUCUCCAACGGUAUUAACUCCGCCAUCUUCUUCUGCUUCUACGAAGCUCUCCGCUCCGGUUUGGUCAAGGCCGAAACCGAACGCGAACAACAGCGUCUGCAGGAGAUCAACGCGUCGAAUGCGGCGAUGAAGAAUUCCCGCCGCGCUUACAGCGGCGUUUCUGUUGACGCCGUUCAUUACUCCACGCCGUCUCAUGUGGGACGCGUUACGGAGGCGAGCAUGACGCUCGCGCUCGCCAAGAAAAAUAGAAAGAAUGCCUAAGUACGGUUGGCAUGCUUUCUCGACCAGUUUUGUCUUGUGAAUAAAAAUUGAAGAGCUCUUCAUGAAA